AGCGAGAGAGAGAGGGGUGUGAAAGUGAAGCUCUAUCAGUCUUUGCGGACUGGAGGUUCAAAAACAGCGGAAGAGAAAGAGUGAAAGAGAGGGGAAUUAAUCAGCCAUGGCAAAUAUCGCUGUGCAGAGGAUCAAGCGAGAGUUUAAAGAAGUGCUGAAGAGCGAAGAGACAAGUAAAAAUCAAAUAAAAGUAGAUCUGGUGGAUGAAAACUUCACAGAGUUAAAGGGAGAAAUAGCAGGACCACCAGACACACCAUAUGAAGGGGGCCGAUAUCAGCUAGAAAUCAAGAUUCCUGAAACAUAUCCUUUUAAUCCACCAAAGGUGCGGUUUAUUACUAAAAUCUGGCAUCCCAAUAUAAGUUCAGUUACGGGGGCGAUAUGUUUGGACAUUUUAAAAGACCAAUGGGCUGCUGCUAUGACAUUGCGAACAGUCCUGCUGUCACUACAGGCUCUGUUAGCUGCAGCAGAGCCAGAUGAUCCCCAAGACGCUGUAGUAGCCAAUCAGUAUAAGCAGAAUCCAGAAAUGUUCAAACAAACUGCUCGUCUCUGGUCUCACGUUUACGCCGGUGCUCCCGUCUCCAGUCCUGAGUACACACGCAAAAUAGACAAACUUUGUGCAAUGGGCUUUGACAAAAAUGCAGUAAUAGUAGCCUUGUCAUCAAAAUCAUGGGAUGUGGAGACAGCGACAGAACUGCUACUAAGCAACUGAUCAUCCAGUUGUUUUCAUCAGGCCAUGUUUCCCUCAAACCCCUCCUGCUUCAUGACCCGUUCACUCCCACCCAACCAUCCACACGUGCAUCAGCCAUCUUGGUUUGUGUUCAGAGUGAAUGUUUGGGUAAGAUCAGCAGUUAGACUGCAAGACAAUGCGUCAUCUUCUAUCUCUAGCAAAUGUCCACGUCCCUUGUCUUGUCUUUUCCCUCCCAUCAUUUUCACUUUGUUUUUGCCUUGCUACAAUAAUUUUCCCUCUUAAAUUUAGGACGUCACUUCCCUUUUAAAGAAACCCAACAAAGACAAAGCCUGUAUCCCUGUCAUUUCACACUAAAAGAAACUCCCACUUGCAUCUGUGAAACAAUGUUAGCACAUGUAAAUUAGUAUAUUUAAGGUUGUGUACAUUUAAAAGGCAAAAUAGCAGGAAUGUCUUUUUUCUUCUAUCUGUACACUAUAAAAUUGUUUUGGGAUAUGCUUAUUUGAAUGGGAUAUUCAGUAUCUAAAAACAAAUUUUGAGAUUAAUUAGACCCCUUCUAUUUGACGCUCUUACGAUGAACAAAUGUGUGUUUUAUUUGCUCAUUUGAUUCUUUUAAUGUUUCUUUUGGCUUUCCUUUGCACUAAUCAGUCUGUAUAGUAGAAAUGGCCAGAUGACAUGGUGUUACGUUGCGAGUGCAGACAUGGUUUCAAACGUACUGGGUGAAGUGUUAAUUUUUUUUAAAUCAUAGGAAGAUGCCCCUUCUCACUUUUCCCUCUUUUUGACAAAGGGGUCGAUGUGGUAUUGGUGGCCCAAAAUCCUUUCUCUACUUCUUUUCAAGGCAGCUGUAGGGGUUCGACUUGAUCGUGGACA